AGGUUAUUAGGUUUUUACUUUGAACCCAUUGAGGUUUGUAAUAAAGAUGUUAUCAUUUCGAAUCCCGUCUAUCGGAGGCCAACCUACGGCAUUCGCUGCGAAAGUAACAGACAAUCCAAAGACCGUGGCACAACUUAAGUCGGCUGCAACGCCUUCACCUCAUAGUACCGUCACGUGCGGUUACCAAGCUCAUGUGGCAGGGUUCUUUCGAAACGUCACCGUUUUAUGGUCCAAGAAUCUCAUGAAUCAUUCCCUCACCGUAAUGGUCUCGAGUUUAGACAAUGACAUGAAUUAUUGUUGUAAGAUUGAUCUCGUGAAGCCAUGGCAGUUUUGGAGCAAAAGAGGCUCAAAAGCAUUCGACGUAGAGGGAAACUUUGUGGAGGUCUUUUGGGAUCUUCGAUCAGCAAAAUUGGCUGGAAACGGUAGCCCCGAACCCGUGUCAGACUAUUACGUGGCAGUAGUUUCUGAUGAAGAGGUUGUUUUAUUGUUGGGAGAUUUAAAGCAAAAGGCUUAUAAGCGGACAAAGUCAAGACCGGCAUUGGUGGAAGGGUUCAUAUAUUUUAAAAAGGAAAGCAUUUUUGGGAAGAAAACGUUUUCGACUCGGGCGAGAUUUGAUGAGCAAAAAAAAGAACAUGAAGUGGUUGUGGAAAGCUCUAAUGGAGCGGCUGAUCCUGAGAUGUGGAUAAGCGUGGACGGGAUCGUUGUCGUGCACGUGAAGAAUCUACAAUGGAAAUUUAGGGGAAAUCAAAUGGUGUUGGUGGAUAGAACGCCGGUAAUGGUCUACUACGAUGUUCAUGAUUGGUUGUUUUCAAGUUCAGAGACUGCGGCGACUUCAGGGUUGUUUUUGUUUAAGCCUGUUCCGGUUGGAGCGAUGGUAGAUGAGAGCUUUAGCGAUGCGGAGGAAGGAGAUAGCGGAGGAGGGAGUAGUCCUUUGAGUCGUUAUAAUUCAGCAUCAAGUGGUUAUGGACCAUUGCAUGACUUUUGUUUGUUUCUUUAUGCUUGGAAACUUGAAUGAAGAAUAUUAAUAUCAUAGUGUGUGCUUUUAAAUUUAAAUCUCUUUUGGUAAGGUGGAAUAGAAAUGAGGGUAAAGU